UCACCCUCCAUCAAGUCGCAGCAUCCAGACUCUACCUAGAUGGAUCUUGCUCACCAAACACGAGUCGCUCUUGUUAUUCUUCCUCCAUCCCCAUCCCCAUUCUCAUCCUCAUAACACCCACCACUAUCCCCUCUCCCUCCUCCAACCUGCUGGCAGUAGACCCGCGCUCCGUUUCAGUCUUCGAACCAAACUCUGGCUCUUUACCCUCUUCCCCAGCCUCCCACUUAAUUUUUUUGCGAGAGACGAUAAACCACCGACUUGUUUCUUGCUCUCCUCAACUUAACCACAAUCACAUACGCGCGCUCAGUUCAAUCUCAUCAAUAUGGUUCGCAACAUUGUUAUCCUCGGGGGCAAUUCCCAUCCUCAACUCGUCGAGAAGAUCACUAGCACCCUUGGGGUACCUGCCUGCAAUCGCAUUCUCAAAAAAUUCUCGGUCGGAGAAAGUCGACUUGAGAUUCAAGACUCUGUCCGCGGUAAGGACGUAUAUAUCAUCCAGUCCGGAGGCGGCAAGGUCAACGAUAAUUUUGUUGAUCUGUGUAUCAUGAUAUCCGCUUGCAAAACCGGCUCUGCAAAGCGUGUUACCGCUGUUCUUCCUUUGUUUCCUUAUUCUCGACAACCAGAUGUACCUUACAACAAGGCGGGCGCUCCACUCUCGAAAGCUCCUACAGACGUGAAUCGAAAAGACUUUACUUUUGAGAGUCGGCCACCCACUCCAAGCCCCUUCCAACCACAAAGUCAGGGUUUGACCAAUGGCACAGACGUUUUGCACAAGAAGCUGGCAAAAACUUCCCUUGACCAGCAGAACGGAAAUACAUACACAAACGGCAUCACCCCCCGAAGAUCAGAUGCCACUGAUUCGCUUCAGUCAUUGACGAAUGGCCGGGAGCGCAAGGGCUCCCAGUCACAUGCCAGUCAGCACACUUUCACGACUCACGAUUAUGAAAACACGGCCUUACUCAACAAGAGCUUGUUCAACCCAAAUCCAGGAUACAAACAAUGGGUGGCACAAGCCGGUACGCUUGUAGCAGAUCUUCUGACUUGUGCUGGAGCAGAUCAUAUCAUUACCAUGGAUUUGCACGACCCACAAUAUCAAGGAUUUUUCGACAUUCCUGUUGACAAUCUAUACGGAAAGAAUAUUUUGAAGAGAUAUAUUCAACAACAGAUUCCGGACUUCAGAAGUGCUGUAAUUGUUAGUCCCGACGCUGGAGGUGCGAAGAGAGCAACUGCAAUUGCGGAUGACCUAAACAUGGAGUUUGCUCUGAUUCACAAGGUAAUACUUCCCAUGAUUGUAAACUUGCGCACACUUAUACCCCCUAGGAACGUCGCCCCACCCGCAUUACGGAUCGCCAAAAUGCUACCAUGAUGCUCGUUGGGGAUGUAGCAAACAGAGUUUCUAUCCUUGUUGAUGAUUUGGCCGAUACCUCCAACACCAUUACCCGAGCUGCGAAGCUGUUGAAGAAAGAGGGUGCUACGCAAGUCUACGCUCUGCUCACACAUGGCAUAUUCAGUGGAGAUGCCAUCGCCCGAAUCAAUGCUUCUGCGCUUGACAAGGUUGUUGUGACCAAUAGUGUCCCUCAAGAGGAACACACACGUUUAUGCCCCAAGCUGGAGGUUUUGGAUAUUGGCGGCGUCUUUGCAGAAGCCAUUCGCCGUGUCCACCACGGUGAAUCGAUCAGUUCCCUUUUCUGGCAAUAGGUUGUAGGCUUCUGGGGUGUUUCGUUUGUCUGCGGAGGUUUCAUUCGUUUUCGGCGUUCAAUGGAAUUCAUGGGUAUUGGUUAUCUGUGGUAUUGAGCUUCGGGAUUUGCCCUGCCUUACCAUGUGCCAGAUACAAUUGCUAUACCCAUCAAUCGCUCCGCGGAUCGUACUGACUUCCAUGAUCUCGAGAGACAUAGACCAGCCAUAUAUGGCUUCCAUGAACGCUUUCCCAAGUGCUGGAUAUAGCGUACGUGUUUUUGUCAAUAGAGAAGCCAUAGAUCUUUGGAGCAAGAACUCAUGAAGAAAAAUAAAUAGAAUACAACGUAGACAUAGACCUCACGUGAGGUGUCAUUAUAUCAUUGGCUCAUUUGCAUGUGCAUGUUCCUCAUUUUUUCUCC